AUGCACUCCACCGGCCAUGCCAGCACCUGCGACCCGGCAGAGGAGGAGGCCAGCCUGUUGGGCCAUGCCGGCCAGCGCAACCGUAGCUGCGUCGUCAGUGAUGAGUCCAAAGCCGUUCCGGUCUCUUUCCUUGCCUCGUCCGCUCUGCAUAUGACCGCUGCGUCGUCCGUAUGGGCUGUUGCAUCUCUGUUCUGUGAAGACCCAGACCACUGCCAGGGCGAAGAAACCCGCCGCUAUGCGGUCUCUGUGGCAGCAGCAACUGCAUUGGCCAAUGCGGCAGGUCUUCUCACUUUGGGAUACAUGAAGCGAGUAGUGCAUUGGGAUGUCCGUGCUGGUCUCGUUAUUUGGCUGCUCUGCCGCGCAGUCGGCGCCUUGGGCGUCGUCGUUGGAGUGGGACUGAGAAGUUUUCCCUGCGUCCUGGGAGGUUUAGUACUGCAAGGCUUAGCCUCGGAUAAUCUGCUGCAUUUCACCUUGAACGUCAUAUAUGUCCAGGCCACCUCCCCCGAGACCAUAUCCAUGCUGAUGGGUUCCUCCCUGGCCUGCUACAUGGUCGGCAUGGCCCUUGCGCCUCUUGGCGCCGGCUGGUUGCCCUCGGUGGAAUGGACAUUCUUCGUUGCCAUCGGUCUCUUUAUGAUAGCGAUCGUCUAUGUAUUGCUAGUUGUGUCUGGAACAGUGAGAGAGCCGCAAGUGCAUUCCGCCACCGCUCCGCUGUCCUCAGAGACAACGACAAUUCGAAAGGCCCGCACGAGUCGGCUAGCUGAGGCCCUAUCGCCGGCAGGCUUUUUCUAUGAGUAUCCUGGCACGAUUCUAUUUGGCUUGUCUUUGUUGCUCUACAACAUGGUUCAGGGAUACAUGAUCAAUCUGCUCUUCAUCUUCACCUCUCUCCAAUUUGGCUUUACACCAACAAACAAUGGAGCCCUUCUCUCCCUCAUUGCAGUCACCGCUGCAGGAUACCUCAUAUUCUCCACCUUCGUUGUACCAAAAGUCCUCUCGUUGGCCGGUCGAACCCCCACGUACCAAGACACCGAACCCCGACUGUUCGAUCUAGGUGCCGCAGUACUCUCUAUACUGAGCCAGGUAGCUGCCGCAUUGUUACUCUCUCAGUCGCAACAGGUGUACUUGGCGGCAUCAUUGCUUGCAGUAGGUUUGGCCACCCCGUCCUUUGUGAAAAACUUUGUGGUUGUUCAGUUUGAGGCCAAGUCUCGGGUUGUCGCUGCGCUGGCGCUGAUGGAGACCGCGGGGGACUCUUGA